UAGAACUAAAUAUAUUGGAGCUCAGACUGGAGCCGAUGCAAUGGAGUAAGGUGGAUGGGAGAUGUGGACUAUUGGUACUGUACUUAGGCCACAUGUCACUCAUGCUUUCAAUUUGCGAGCUGUUAUCAGACACCCAAGCACUCAGUUUCCCAGUAAUAUACAAACUCUGUUAUUUAUUUUUCCUAAUGUGUACCUGUGAGCACUCUGCUGUUGAGAAGUUGCAAAGCCAAGUUUUCAGAGAACAUUGUAAAGCCCCUGUGUGCUGAUGACAUCAAUAUGUGCCAGGCAGCAUAUUUAAUCAAUACCCCAACCCCACAUUGCCGUAAUGCCACCUGCUUUUAUAGUAACCUUUGAUGAGCUACUGGCCAGCACACAUCAAAGGGAGUGUACUUCAUACAGCACUCCUCCCUUUAACGACAUAUUUGCCAAAGAUGAAACAACCAAAAUAGGUUUUGUCCUGUUGGGUAGGGGUUGGACUGAGCCAGAGCAGGAAGUUUCCGAACUUCCACGGAUGUGAUCUUUUAGAUCAUGGAAUUUUCUUUUGACACCUUGUACAUUUAUCAAUAUAUCUGCCAAUAUGAACAUCAGUGAAAGACAUGUUCAAGGACAACCACCUCCACGCACAUAACAAAUUGUGGCGUGAUCGGUAUGACAUGGAAGCUUGGGGAAAUGAAACAAAACAUCACCACAUUUAUUCUUCAAGCCUCGUUUGGCCUUCAGUACACACGGUGACGUACAUGAGUAUAUUGGCUGGCAUCCAGAAAACAUUCCUGUGCAUUUGAAAAUGUUUAUUAAUAACCAAUGUUUGAAUUUUGUACACGCUUCACUGAGAAAGGUUUAAUGAUUGAUUGUCACCCUUAACUUGUUCUCUAUGUACAUAUUUAAUUAUUAGAAUAAUUUUAAUUAACUGUUCACAACAGUGCUUUUUUUGUACAUUUUUAACACCUGGAAGCACGUUACCAGCAAUGUUGUCAGAAUGUGUAAGGGGAGACAGAAUGGCUAUUUGAAUUCCUGAACCAUAGGGCAUGUGAACCCUAUUCAAACAGCCCUUAUGGAAAAUAAUACCUGAGAUCUGAUAGCCUACCUAUUCGGUUUCUGUCUGGUAACAUAUUCAAAGGAAAAUAUGUGAGAAGUUCCACUCCAUGAUGUCAUGUUUUAAAAACACAGCCUAGCCACCAUUGUCUCACGCUGCCAUUCAACUCAAACAAUUUGAAUUGUGCAGUUGGAGACUUUUUUCCUGUAGAGCUGCAAAGUUUACUCAACGGUACUUUGAAAAUGUUCAAAAAUGAACAACCAGCUCUUGAUCAUUGAUGAUCACCCAGCCCCAAAUGUCUGUUUAUUCAAAAGGCCAAUCAAAUUUACUCCUCAAACUUUCCACCCAAAGACAGUGUUUGGAUAAAGUUGUUCACCUGAAUGGACUUGAUUAGACUUGUUGAAAUUGUUGAAUGUUGAUUUUACACAGCCUCUUUGUUGGGUCCUAAUCUCUGUCUAUCAAUCAUAUCCUUCUCCUCCUCUGCAGAGGUUGAUUCUCUCAUCGCAGAGACAGUGUUUCCUGUUAUCUCUCACCUGCUUUCCUAAAUGAAAACACACGUACACACACACACACACACACACACAGACAGACACUCAUACACAGACAGACACCGACGUACCCACACUUUCACAAAUGCACAGGCAGGAUCAUCGCUGAACCCCUCUGUUCCUACAUAAAAAGUGAAUGAAUCGGAUAUAUUCCUACCGCUCUUAUCCCUUGAUCUCACAUGCUCACAACAUGUGGGUUGUACAUACAUAUAAAAUGGAAAUAUGUCUUGUUAAAGACAUUUCAUAUUUAAAUGAGUCGCUUCUCCAAACGAAGGGAUUAUUAGAGAACGGUUCAUAAAGUAAUCCAUCCAACUUUUUAUCGAGGUGCAUGCGAUACUGAUUGAAUUCAGAUUUAUUUCAUGUGAGGACAAAGGUGGCCUGAGAACUCUGGUACAUGACCCAUAUGACCCCCAGUGCCACCAUUCACCUCCUUCUCCCAACCCUGCACUCCUACAACACCUUUCUCACCGAUUUGCUCCUUGAACGGGGUGCAAAUGGAGGGAAGAGGGAGGAAAAGGGAGGAGAGGAUUGAGUGUUUUUGUUCAGAAGGAGAAAGGCGUUCCUCUUGCGUUCUCAGGAUGUUGCCCUUAAAGCCUGGAUAAGUGGGCUUCCUGUCUAGGGAAACGAUCAGAGAAUAGACAAGGCCUUGGGGUUAAGACGCUAUGUUCCUGCAGCAGUCACAAGCACACAGGUCACCAAGCACAGAGGGAGUGAAUGACUGGUGGAAUAAUCAUUUCUGUAUGGAUUGUUGCGCUACAUGGGAGAGGUGAGUGAAACGACUCAAGAAAGCUAUUUUCUUGUGUUUUCCCGACUUUUAGCAAGACUCAGCUGAGCAAAUUUGAAUCUCACGCACCUGCUGAUAUGCUUAGAAUGGUCACACGGAUUGAAUGCUGUCAACAUGUUGUAAUAUAACGCUCCUAGCAUCAUCAUCGUCUCUUGUAGGUUUUCAACCAGGACAAGAGACGCCGAAACACCAGAUCCUAAGCAGCAGAUACAGCUGAAGGACACCUGACAGGUUGCCAUUAGAAAAACCCAGACAGAUCACACGCAAAUAUGGAUUUUAUGGAUGAUUUUGAUUAGAGACCACCCCCUCUGUCGAUCACAUCUAUUUUUACCUUUUCUACAGGAGGUGAACCAUUUCUGAACACAUUUAAUGAAUAUAAAUCCAAAGGCUCUCAUACCACCAGCUCUCUUUUGAGGUACAUCCCUGGAUCAGGAAGGGACAUCAGCACCGUGUCUCUCCUUAGAGGACCUUACAGGACUCUCAGAGACCCACCAUGUCCGGCAAUAACAGCUGCCAUCUCCCCCUAAACACGGACACGCUCGGACUCACCUACAUCUACAGCCUGGCCUUCUCACUGGGCCUCCCUUGCAAUCUCCUGUCCCUCUGGGGACUGUACCAACUGGGCCGCUCCGGCGGGGGAGGCUGCCAGCUGGUCUACAUCCUCAACCUACUGCUCUCCGAUCUCCUCCAGCUGCUCACCCUCCCCCUCUGGAUCCUCUACCUGCAGGCGGCCCACCGCUGGCCCUACGGGCGCCCGGCCUGCGAGUUCGUGGGCUACGUUUUCUACGUCAACGUCUACGCCAGCGUGGUGUUCCUCUGCCUGAUAGCGCUGGACCGCUGCCUGGCCAUCGUGCACCCGCUGAGCUGCCGCGGCAUACGGACGGUGCGGGUGGCGGCCGUGUCCGGGGCGGCCGUCUGGACGCUGACCUUCCUGUUCUGCCUGGGAGGGCUCCUCCCGUCCGUGUUCGACGGGGAGAGGCUCCUCUGUCUGGAGCAGUACCCCGUCAGCCCCCGAUACGCCCAUUUCAAAAUCGCCACCGUCGUAUUGGGGUUCCUGCUGCCUUGUGGCAUACUGGGCUACACCUCCGCCCGUAUCGGUGUGACCCUCCAGCGUUCGCCCUCUGUCUCCGACCAGGACCGCCACAAAAUAACCGGCAUCCUCGCUGUCAUCACCGUCAUCUUCAUAGUCGUCUUUGGGCCCUACCACCUGGUCGGGGGCUACCGUUUUGUCUCCCUUCUCCUCAUAGAGGACCCCUGCGAGUUGGAACGGUCCAUCUUCCUGUGCUAUCGCCUGUGCUACGGCCUGACCAGCCUCAACACCCUGCUGGACCCUCUUUUCUACAUCUUCCUGUGUCAAGACGCACGCCUGGAGCUCCGCCGCUCCCUAACGCCCUGUCUGGGACAAGGGCAAGCAACCCCGAAGCAGUUCACACUCACCUUCAGAGGGCAUCCUCGCCAGAGCCAGGGUGUGUAGCGACUGGGUCGGACGUGUUGCAGCGUUUUACGUUGUUUAACUUUAGGCGUGCUAAUGUUAUUGGAUAGAGACAACGGGGAAUGACAAAACUUUAUUUUACACAAACAUACACAGGUAUGAACCAGGGGUAUAUGUGCAAUGGAGUCCGAAGCUUCGAUCAGCUGGAUCACCCCAGGUCACAUGGGUUCACAUGACUUCAUGCUAAACAAAGAAAGGCCGAAUGGACAGUAUUACGGUUUCCGGCUUCUUGUUCUUUGAUGAGUUGGACUUCAGCAGUAUGGGAAAUAGUGAAACCGGACGGACGGUAAAUGACAGGGUUUUCCUGGACUGGCUCCAGGAACUAACUUCCCUCACUGGUUUGCAUGCACUGGUGACGGGAGAAAGCAGCUGUUGCGUCACCCAGUGGAUAGAGGAUGAGUUGCCGUCCUCUCUACCUGGUAUUGCCACAGCUGCUUCUGUUUACUACAGCCAUGUGAAGGCACGUCAUGGGAUGUUCAUCACUAUUAUCAUUACGUGAUAGUGUUUUCUUGUUAAGAUCUCUAAUGCUUUAAUUUGCAGCAGAUGUAAAGUCAUGUUCUUAUGUAUAUUAUCCACAGCCACUCUAAUUGCCUAGCACACAUUCAGAAUAAAACCAUGCAGGGGCUCUCCGAAGAAUUAAACCCUUUCACAUUUUAUUGACUUACAACAUGAAAGCAAAAUGGAUUUAAUUGUUUUAGCCAAUGAACACAAAAACAGUGCAAAUGAAUAAAAUCAAAAAAUUGUUCUACAAUUCUUACAAAUAAAAAAACAGAACAUAAUGGAUUGCAUUAGUAUUCACCCAUUUAGUCAAUAUUUGUUAGAGGCACCUUUGACUACAAGGAGAGCCAUGAGUCGAUUGGAUUCAUCUCUACCGGCUUUGCACAUCUGGAUUCAGGAAUUUGUGCAAUUCAGGAAUAUUUGCAGGCGGCAUAACAUUCACCACGGCGUCUCAAUCUCUUUCACGUCUGUCACGUGUGCUCAGUGUGAACCUGCCCUCAUCUGUGAAGAAAACGGGGCACCAAUGGCAGACUGUCAAGUCUGGGGUUCACUGGGGAAAGCCAGUCAAGCAGCACGGUGCUGGGCUGUGAGCACAGGUCUCAUUAGAGGACGUUGGGCCCUCAUGCCACCCUCAAGGACAGUAUGGU